AUGGCAGAGCCAGCACCCAAUGCAGCGAGCAGCCAGCCUCGGCGCCAAAAUGCCCUCGCCGAGAUCCAAUUCGCCUCUAUCAUCGACGGUGACCUCACUCCUUCCGAGGAUGAGACGCCAGAGGAGAGGGCCUUGGAACUCGAGACAGUGCAGUCAGCCAUAGGCGUCAGCAUUGGCAGACAGCAGACGCGUCUCACCUCUCCAAAGACACCGGCUGCGGAAAAGGCUGCGGCUCUCGACGCGACCGAAGAUGGGGCCUUCUUCGACGGCUGGCAGGAGGCUACCGAAACGUCUCCAGAACGGAAAACACCGGCAUUGCCUGCACGCAUACCAGAGUCACCGACGGUGACAUCCAAGCAUACCGAGAAACCCGACCUCAAGCCAGCGUCCGCCCAGACGGCAAGGAAUGCCGACCGUGGGCAACAAUCGGAUCCGUCAACGCGCCUUCCCUCACCAUGGCGCGCCGGCCCAAAGACAUUUCAGAAGGAGAAGCAGGGCGAUCAUCGCGCUAUGCUGCGCCAGCACCUGCAUAGUGGACGAAGGCGAGCGUCCUCGGGAAGUUCAAUGGGCGAGGCUGUGCGCAAAUACAUAAACUUUAAUAUACCAGCCUCGCUUACCAAGUCUUACAAAGACAUGCAUUUUUCGCUACCGAGUCUGUCAUCUUCAUCAGUGGACACUGCCCUAAAGCAAUCUAGUAAGAGGAGACGGGAUACGUUUGCCAACCCACCACGACCUCAAAACAUACCACAACACGACGGUGCUCGUCAGUCCGCACCUGACGACUCUAGAGAUGAGGGGAGCAAUUUUUCAAGUGCUUCUCAGCGGUCCAAUACUGCUCCAGUACCACAGCGUGAAUUUAGCGACAGCAGCUCAUCAACUCUUUCUCCAACAAGUCAAACACCAGUCGAACGGCCGGCGCCCAGGCUGCGUCGGUCCAACUCCGAAGGGUCUCUGCUCUUGUAUCGGACAAGAUCUCUUGCGUCAUCCCUGGGCGACGACUCGCGCUUUGAAAGUGUACAUGAACAGGUUAAUAGCAGGCUCAAGGCCCUGAAAGACAGUUGGCAAGACUCGAACUUCAAGCUUCCGAGUCCCUCGCUGCACAAUUUCAACCUGAGUUCAAGUACCGAGUUGUUCAGAAACCGUAAUUUCAGCAAUGUGUCCAAGACACGUGACACCGAGGAAAGACCUGCGUCUCGAGCGGGCAUUCGUGGAAGUGCAUCUGGACCAACACCACGCAGUGAUUCCUUAAAACCGAAGCGAUCUUCACUCCGCCCUGGAGAUGCAGAGAAUGAAAUGCAUCCGUACUUCACUCAGGCUCUUCAAGAAAUAGAGGGAGAUCUGGUGAUACUGGGAGGCUAUCGUGGCUCUGUUUUGCGGUCAGCGGAACCUCCCCAUCGGCAGUUGUGGGUGCCGAUCAAGGUUGGACUGAAUCUACGAAAAGUAGAUCUUGAGGUCCCUCUUGAUCCAGAUGCUGAUGAGAAGAUGCAUGAGACUAUUAUUCCUAGUGGUAUGUUGACCCACAUUGGCCCGGUUGAUAUUGCAAAACGCCUUUUCAAGCGAUUGAGGGCGAGCGAUAACGCUAAAGAGGGGAAGCUGAGAAUACACAACUACGGGUACGAUUGGAGACUAUCGCCACAUUUUCUCAGUAGGCAGAUGAUUAAGUUUCUUGAAACACUGCCUUGUAAUCAGCCGGAAGUGCCUCCAGAGAAGCGGGGCGCUACAAUGAUUGCACACUCACUAGGUGGUCUAAUCACCCGCCAUGUGAUCAAUCAGCGUCCGGACCUUGUUGCUGGAGUCGUAUACGCUGGAGUACCUCAGCGAUGUGUCAACAUUCUCGGCCCCUUCCGGAACGGGGACGAUGUACUCUUAUCUUCCCGUGUACUGACCGCUCAAGUAAACUUCAGUAUCCGCACGUCCUAUGCACUACUGCCCCUUGACGGAAAAUGUUUCAUCAACAAACACACCAAAGAGGAAUAUCCCGUCGAUUUCUUUGACGUAAACACCUGGAAGGAAUGCCGCCUAUCCCCUUGCAUAGCAGCGCCCCUGCCGCGCCCCGAGCCCCCCAAAGACAGUACCUUCAGCGUCAGCAGCCUCAUGAACGCCGUCUCAAACGUCCUCCCCACCUUUCCUCCCCGCAAAAACAGCUCCGCAAAAGACACUUCCGACGUAGCCCGCAACGCCGCAAACGCCGUCACAGAAGGCAGUGCCGAGCAAGCCGGCAUGGGCCCGCAAAUGGGCCACAACCAGGCCACCGAAACUUCCAAGGAACCCAACCCUGCAACCCACGUUACGAUCCCGUACAAUAAGGCUGUUGAGUACCUAACUCGCACCCUUGCGGAAGUCAAGAAGUUCAAGCAAGAACUCGAUCACCGACCUGAACACACGGCCGCAAACCGAUAUCCCCCCAUCGCCCUAAUUUACGGGAAAUCCAUCCCCACGGUUUACGGCGCGAAGGUGGAAAGCAGAGAAGCUAUCAAGCGCGCGGAUGUGUAUGAUGAACUUGCGUUUGCAAGUGGAGAUGGCGUUGUGUUGGCUCGCGCGGCUAUGGUACCUUCUGGGUACAGUGUUGUGAAGGGAGGCGUGGUGUCGAGCGACCGCGGCCAUGUUACGCUUUUGGGUGAUUUGGAGGCUGUGGGGAAGUGUUUGCAUGCUGUUGUUCAGGCGAGGAAGAAGGGGGUGGGGUUGGGGGAGAAGGCGCGGUGA